AUGUGUACAUGGCUAACAAAUUCUACAGCUCUGCCUCACUGCAAUAUAUCGUGUUACUUUCCAUCCAUUUGCAAAGUACCCGGCCCAAAAUGGGCAAAGAUCACAGAUUUGUAUUCUGCCUAUCAUAGUUUGAGAGGAACUCUUCAUAUUAGAACAUUACAAGCUCAUGAUAAAUAUGGAAGUGUAAUUCGCCUGGGCCCUAACGAGUUGGGUUUUAAUUCGGCUGAAGCGCUUAAAGAUUUAUUCAUCAAAAAUGUUCAAAAAUCAAAAGGAUAUGCUGCUCUAGUCACCACACCAGGUGUCCAUAAUGUUCACAAUGCAGUGGAUUUCUCAAUUCAUAAACACAAAAGAAGCGUCGUUUCCAAAGGCUUUUCUAUUCCAUCUUUGCUAGCUUUCGAGCCAACCAUGAUUAGUACUAUUAAUCUAUUGAUACAAAAUCUAGUUAAGACAUCUAUCAAAAGUGAAAGUCAGAACAAUUGGUUGACACCUAUCAAUAUGGGUACUAGCUUCAAACAUAUGUCUUUUGACGUUAUGGGAGAAUUUGGGUUCGGACAAUCAUUCAAUCUACAAACCUCUUCUGAGAACCAUUUUCUUUUUGGAAUUAUUCCGGGAAUAUUAACCAGAGGGGGUAUUUUACUCCAAUGUCAAGCUUUCCAAAAAAUAGGAAUCGAAAGAAUUUUUUACCGGAAAGUUCAUACGGCGGUUAGAAAAUAUCACUCGACAGUGAGUAAAUUAGUGGCAGAUAGGCUGAAGGAAGACAAAAAUGCAAAGAGUGAUUUAUUUUCUUUCAUUUUCGAUGCGCAGUAUUCGAAUAAUGGGAAACAUGAAGAUAUUAAAACAAUGAUGAUUUCGGAAUUAUUUACUGACAGUGGAUUUUUGCUUGCUGCUAGUUCUGAUACAUCCUCGACAACUCUCUCCGCUCUUCUCUUCUACCUCUCUCGAUAUCCAAAAUGUUACGAAAAAGUCACCACAGAAAUCCGAUCUUCUUUCUCAUCUCUCUCCGAAAUUCACAGCGGCCCUAAGAUUACCUCUUUUAAACACCUACGCGCCUGUAUCGAAGAAGCUCUCCGUAUGAGUCCAUCACUCGGCUCUGACUCUAGAGAGAAGUUCGUCCUAGGGGCAUCACAAUCGAUGGAAAAAAUUGAGGAGAUGAAAAUGGUAUUUGCACCGUUUAGUUUGGGAUUGAGAGGAUGUCCGGGAAAAUUGAUGGCGUAUAUGGAGAUGGGGAUUAUGAUGGCGAAGAUGCUGUUUUGUUUUUAUUUUAGGAGGCCAGGGAAUGGGCUGGGAGAGGUGGAAGAGGGAGUGUUGGGUGAUGAGGGGGGUAGGGGAAGGAUAAAUGAGUUUCAAUUGAUGGAACAUUUGGCUAGUACGCAUGUGGGUCCGUAUGCGGAGUUUAGAUUGAGGAAUGGACUGAAGGCGGAGUUUGAGGGCUUUUAGUUGAGGAUUGUGGUUU